GCCGCACUCUCGUACGAGCAGGUAUUGGCCUCCAUGAGCUACUUAAGAUCCCUUCUGUGGAAGUGUCUGCACGCGUUGGCCUACGCAAAAGCGCGAAUGGUGUCUCGAAUGAUGAUGAGAUGGUCACGGAAUCCCAAAGUGACUGACUACCUUGUCGGUGCGCAGCUUGACGAAGCCUUGGCCGCUGGUCAAGUAGAUGUGUUCUGGCCAUUCGCAGACGGAGAUAUAAAGGACUGGACACAAGCAGAAGCGCUGUGGAAGCAUAUUCUGUUCAACCAGCUCGGACUGCGAAGAGUCCAGAUGGAGUCCCCUGUUCUCCUUGUGUUUGCACCAGGAGUUUCGCGAAACACAUAUGAACGAAUAUGUCGCAUGUUCUUUGAACGUUUCAACGUCGCUGGACUCUCGAUUGUCGAGCGUCCAAUGGCCCAGUUCUUCGCCGUCACGGUUUCUGGUACUGACCCGAACGGUGUGGUCAUUGACAUCGGCCAAGAACACACGGACAUCACCCCGAUAUAUGAGAGCUUCGUCGUGCAAGGUGCACAUCAGACCGUCGACUAUGGCAUCUCAGACUGCGAACAGUACCUCGCGCACCUGCUCCUCUCGAAUCAGUCCGUUGUGAACACGCUUUCUCCGCCAGAGAGCCCACUCUCUCCAGAAGAACUGCGCGCAAUGCUCGUCGAGGUCGCACGCCAAGUGUGGCGGGAAGGGCUCGUGAAGGUGCUCGCGGAGGGCGAGGCAGCAGACAUCGAGGAAGAGGGAGUCACGGACAUCGCAGCCGUAGUCGUCGCGGGCAAGGAAAAGGCCGUUAUCGAAAGCGGCAUGAAAAAGAAACAGAACGCAAAGGCAUCCGCAGCCGAGCUUGCCCGUGCAAAGGAGAUUGAGGCGCUCGAUCUAGUAACGGUUCAGUUCCGCGACAGGUCGCUCACACUGGGCAAGGAGCGCCACCGUUUCUGCGAGCCGCUGUUCGAUCCGAGCUUGCUGAGGGCUAUCCCAGGCUUGCCAAGGAGUACCUCGGAAGAGAGCGUCAGGCCGCUACAGGCUGCUAUUGGACAUGCCGUGUCACUUACAGAAGUGGAUGCACGUCAGUAUAUUUGGCAAGGUUUGUUUGUCACUGGAGAGUUGACAAGCCACAUUAAGGGUUUUGGAGCAGCUCUGCAAGCACGUCUGGCGCCGUUCAUUCUCAGUCAGGCAGAUCAGCAAAACGAGGUACAACCGAAGAGCAUACGGACUCUGAAGAUUCCAGAUUAUUUCGCCGAGUACAGGGACAGAGGCGAUGGCCUGGCAUCAUUUUUGGGCUCAAGCAUCGUUGCAAAGAUAAUUUUUGUUAACGAGCCAAACGGCAAAAACUUCGUUACGAAGGCUGACUAUGCGGAAAAGGGACCCAAGGUGAUACUGGGACACUCAGCGUCUCUCUUAUAGCACCUGCGGCCGGCCGUACAUCGUUUUACGAGUGUUUUACGAGUUACGCGAGAGAUAAAAGGCAGCUUGUCAUAACGCAGGGCACGUACAAGCACUCAGAGCUACACAAGGUAAGCCUAAUGUUGACACAUUUACUGCGCAGCACUCUCAGCGACAGUGAGGAGAUCGCUGUCGCCCUGGUCUAUGAUAGACAUUACACCGACGCGGAAAAGCUUUCCGGCAGCGGUACCAAGAGCAACGUUGGUACCAGCAAAGUGGUGUACGGAAGUCUUGGACAGCAUUGCGUAGUAUUCUAGCUCAGACUUGCGGAGAGGCGGGCAGUUGCCUGCAAUCAAGACAAGCUUGGCUGCAACACGAUAGCCAACGUCGACAGAGAUAAAAAGAGGUGAUCCGUAAGCACGAGGGACCUUCUCAGCCUUACGCUCCAGUCCCCGGAGAGAAAGUCGCAAAGAAACGCUGCUCACCCUUGCCGUUGCGCAUGUGCUUGAGGGCAGACUUGUAACCAAGGCUGUACUUGCCAGACUUGACGACAAGCGCGAGACGAGACGCAAUGGACUCCGUAGACUUGGCGGCCUUGGAUUUCUUGGUGGGGGCCAUUGCGAAUAUCGAAGGUGGGCGGAUGCGGCGAC